AUGUCCCAUCCAUGUGGAUAUGCACCGCAGGACGGACCACUAUCAGCCACACUCGUAACUCCUGCAUUCCCACCCUUCGACAGAGCAGACGCCGAUCUCAUUCUACGCACCGCCGACAAUGUCGAGUUCCGCGUGCACAAGCUCACCAUGCGCAUGGCGUCCGAGAUAUUCGAAGAGAUGUUCAGACUCGGAUACGCCGCCGCACCGUCCGAAGACGAUGCGUACGGGAUACCUGUCGUGCGAGUCACCGAACACUCUUCGAUCAUUGACCCACUACUCCGGAUUAUAUACCCAAUACAAGACCCCGUGCUAGAUGUCCCCACGACCGCCUGCGAAGUAAUGCGCGCAUCGCUCAAGUACGAGAUGGAAGUAGCCAUGACCUUUGCGCAGCGGGUGCUCAUGGACCCCAAGGUUGCAGCCAAAGACCCACUGGCGGUCUACGCCGCUGCGUGCCAGAUGCGGAUGCCCAGCCUCGCUCUCGAGGCAGCCAAGCUCAGCCUACGCCACGACCGGAUAUUCCUGGCAGCCGCUGCGCCAAUAGGACUGGACAGUCUCCCUGCCACCAUCCUCUUUGCGCUCAUGCAGUAUCGCGAGAAGUGCAAGGCCGUCGUGCAACGCUUCGUACAGGAUGACCGGGUGUGGAAGAGCUGGAGCGGAUUCCGGCACUUUCUCUGUGGGAUCUGCGAUCCUCGUCCGAUCAACGACGACAGGCCGCCGCGUGAAGGCGCCGUCAUACUGGAUGUCGAGCACCUUCGCGUCGUGCUGCGCGACCUGCUGUGCAGUAUGCCUGGGCCCGUGCCCGACAUAGGCGAGGUCUUGCUCUCGUCGAUGUUGUUGAUGGCCGGCUCGCGGGAGAUAACCAAGUGUGUGUCGUGCCGCAUGUCUAUCGUCAGAGACGUGCGGGAACUUCACGCGGAGAUCUUGGCAGAGAUCCAGCGUUCUGUGGCGAUGAUCAAACUCGACCUUGUCCUAUAG